AUGGAUGUGCUGAGCAUGACGGUGAUCUGGAAGGUACGGGGUUAUAACGAGGUGUGGCUGUAUAUCUCUUAUGAGGAUACCGUUCGAGGUCAAGAGUCAAACGGUUCAUAUGUUAAGCCCCAACAAAGAGCAGCUUUGAGAGGUUGCAGUCAAGAGUUGUUGAGAUGGGAACAGCGGAAAAAGCAUAAGUAG